UUUUUUUAGUGUUUUGUUUAAAUCUUUCAUAGAUCAAUGUCUUCGACAAGAAAGAAGCGCCCAAAACCAAAAUCCGAUUCAUCUUCAACCUCUUCUUCUUCAGUUAGCUGGGUGAUUGAACCGCCACAAAGCUUAUUUCCAUCGAAGCGAGAGUUUUUGAGGCUCGUAGCCGUACUCGCUAUCGCAUCUUCAGUCGCUGUGACCUGCAAUUACUUUAGUAACCUUUUUAACCCCACACAAAGCCCUUUCUGCGAUUCCAACUUAAUAGACUCCCCAGAUUCUCUUACAGAUAAUUGUGAGCCCUGUCCAAGUAAUGGGGAGUGUUAUCAAGGCAAAUUGGAAUGUCUUCAUGGCUAUAGAAAGCAUGGGAAGUUGUGUGUAGAAGAUGGAGAUAUAAAUGAAACAGCUAAGAAACUCGCUGAGUGGGUGGAGAAUAGUAUAUGUAAACCGUAUGCUGAACUUUUGUGCGAUGGAACUGGAGCAAUCUGGGUUCAAGAGGACGAAAUAUGGAAUGAUUUAGAUGGACACAAGUUGAUGGAGAACUUCAGGUCAGACAACACUACUUACUUAUAUGCAAAGAAAAGGACAAUGGAGAAUUUUGGUAGAUUUCUCGAGUCGAGGACGAAUUCUUAUGGUUUUCCUGUCUUUUUUUUCUGUGUUAGGGUCAAAGAGUUGAAGUGUCCAGACUUGCUAGCAGAACAAUACAAACCGUUCUCUUGUCGCAUACGUCAAUGGGUCUCCCGGCAUGCUCUAAUUAUUGUGCCUGUUUGUGCAUUGCUCAUGGCAUGCUCAUUGUUACUUUGGAAAGUCCAUCGAAGACGAUGCUUAUCAAUCAGAGUUGAAGAGCUUUACCAUCAGGUUUGUGAGAUACUUGAAGAGAGUGCUUUGAUGUCAAAGGGUGCAAAUGGUGAAUGUGAACCAUGGGUAGUUGCCUCACGACUGCGAGAUCAUCUUCUUUUGCCCAAGGAAAGGAAGGACCCUGUGCUUUGGAAGAAGGUUGAGGAAUUCAUACAGGAAGAUUCUCGAGUGGAUCAAUAUCCAAAGUUGUUGAAGGGUGAAUCAAAAGUAGUAUGGGAGUGGCAAGUUGAAGGUUCUCUGAGUUCUUCAAGAAUGAGAAAGAAAGAAGACAGCGGCAAAUUGAAAUCCACUGAAGGCAAGAACAUUAAGUUUGAUCAACAUAAGCAUACGUUGCAGGCUGAACCUAAAGCACUAAUUUUUUGACCACGGUAUGUUUCUGAGAUAGUACAAUCUUAUCUACUCUGCCUUACGGGCCAAAAGAACUUAGCUUGGAGCCCAAUGGAAGAUAUUUUGGAUGUUCAGUCAAAGACUUAUGAUAAAAAAAAAAA